AGUUAAACCCCAUUUCAUUUGAAAACCCCCUCCCCUUCUUUCGUGGAUUCAUCUCUAUUUUACUCUCUCUGUCUCUGUCUCUCUGUUUCUUUUCAAACUUUCCUCUGUUUCUGAUACCGAAACUCGAAACUCUCAGAGCCAUACGUGGAUGGAAGCAAUCAGGAAACAAGCCACCAGACUUAGAGAACAGGUCGCCAAACAACAACAGGCUGUCUUCAAGCAAUUUGGUGGAGGAUAUGGAGGUUCAGAUAAUAUAGUUACUGAUGAGGCAGAACUCCAGCAGCAUCAAAAGCUUGAGAAGCUUUACAUAUCAACUCGUGCUGGCAAGCAUUUCCAAAGGGAUAUAGUUCGUGGUGUAGAAGGUUAUAUUGUCACUGGAUCCAAACAAGUUGAAAUAGGUACAAAGUUAUCAGAUGAUAGCAGGAAAUAUGGUGCUGAAAAUAAUUGUACCAGUGGCAGUACAUUAUCAAAAGCAGCAUUAAGUUAUGGACGUGCUCGUGCUCAAAUAGAAAAGGAACGUGGAAAUUUACUGAAAGCCCUUGGUACACAGGUUGCAGAACCAUUAAGGGCAAUGGUAAUGGGUGCUGCACUGGAGGAUGCUCGGCAUCUUGCUCAACGAUAUGAUAGAAUGCGACAAGAAGCUGAAGCUCAGGCUAUUGAAGUCUCCAAACGCCAAGUGAAAGUGAGAGAAUCUGGAGGUAAUCCUGAUAAUAUUUCAAAGUUAGAAGCUGCUGAAGCCAAGCUACAAGAGCUCAAGUCAAAUAUGGCAAUAUUGGGAAAGGAAGCUGCAGCUGCAAUGGCUGCUGUGGAAGCUCAACAACAAAGAUUAACACUCCAGCGGUUAAUUGCUAUGGUGGAAGCAGAACGUACAUACCAUCAGAAAAUCAUACAGAUACUUGAUCAAUUAGAAGGAGAGCAGAUGGUAUCAGAACGCCAACGAAUUGAAGCUUCUCCUAACCCAACUGUGGACAACUCCAUGCCACCACUUCCAUCAUAUGAAGAAGUUAACGGUGUCUUUGCUUCUCAAACAUUUGAUGGUUCAACAGACAGCAUGGGAUACUUCUUAGGAGAGGUUAUGCAUUCAUAUCAGGCCGAGUCAGAUGUGGAGCUGAAUUUGUCAGUUGGUGACUAUGUUGUUGUCCGAAAGGUAUCAAACAAUGGUUGGGCCGAAGGAGACUGCAAGGGGAAAGCUGGUUGGUUCCCAUUUGGAUACAUUGAAAGACGAGAGCGUGUUCUUGCAAGCAAAGUGGUUGAAGUAUUUUAGGUGUUGGGCAUGUUGGGUUUCUUAAACCAUGUCCAGUUAGUUUUUGUAGAGCAUCCUUUCUUUAUUGCAAAGGAAGCCUACUCUUAGUUUGUAUUAUAAGAAUGUAUAAAGUAUAAUGUUCUGUCUACUUUCUCUUAUCUGGAUUUCUUUACAUCUUGAGUGUUUUGAAGCUUCCUGCUGCACAUGACCCGUUAGCAUAGGUGUGGGGUAAUAUGUGUCAUGUGUAGAAAGCUUAGAAACAGCCCAGGCUGUUUUUCCCGAACAGUUUUAAGUUUUUCUUACAUACUUUGGUUAGUGUGAAACUCUACGCUCACUCAUGCAAAAUGACGAAUCGACAAGCGAAGGCGUUUCUCUUUGGU